GAAGCGCAAUGGCUGAUGGGAGGUGUAGUUUCUGAGGAGCAGGAGGCUCCAGCGGCGCAGACGGGCCAUAGGGCCCCAGCGGGACUACAAAUCCCAGAGAGGAGCGGGAGGGAGCGGGGCAGGGCGCCGCCUCAGGGCGGGGGGUACGAAAGGGAGCCGGUUGGAGUCGGCUGUUGCCAACGGCUUUUGGGUCCGCUCGCUCAGGAAUCGGAGUUAGAAUGUUGUAUGGAUGCAAUGGAGACCAAUACCACCUGUCUAGCCGAGAACCAGUGCAGUCCAGGCUGCUACAGGCGGUGGAAUGAAGAUGGCAGCAGCAGCUGCAUCAAAUGUGAUAACGAAACUGUCGCUGCCACUCCGGCGUACAACCUGACUGACUGCCGAAACAGUUCCCUUGUAGACGGUGCCAGAGAAAUGAAUUCCCAGAUGAAUCUAACUACCGUAACCCCAGUUACUCUGGGUGUAGGGGGCCCAGAAGUAGCCGCUUCUCUUAUCUUUGGGACGUUCGUCAUCAGCCUCUUCCUCAUACUGUGCGUUGCUUCGUUCUUCUACCUCAAACGUGCCAACAAACUUCCAAAUCUCUUCUACAGAAGGAGCAAAGGGUCUGUUGUACAGUCUGCUGAAUCAGCAUCAAUGUUAUCUCCACCGUCCUCAGUCCGCAAACCCCGCUACGUCAGAAGAGAGAGGUCACUGAUGACUUCCGGUACCAGCACAACUAUUUCUGCAGAAACCAGAGUCAGCAAUGUGUAGCAGCCAGUCUUUGGAGCCCUGAGGAAUUGUAAAUACUGGCGUGGCCGGCAUGGUGCCCAUGCACCCGGUUGCUAGCAAAAGUGCCAGGAAAACAGCUGAGGAAGUGGCCGGCUGGGAAGGGGGGAAAGAUGCCAGCAGCCUUGCAUCCAACAGGCUUGUGCCAAUGAAGCAUGGAACGAAGACUCACGAUCAGAGGAGUUCUGGCUUUGAGGAGAGGGGAGCCACUUCAGCUAACUGCUCUCAGGCAGGCUGCCAAUUCUGUUUUCUUUCCUGGAUCGUAGCAAAAGACUCUCCGCUCCCCUUUUGGGACACUGCGUGCUCACUGCACGACCGCUCCAGCUCCACCAUCGUCUCUCUGACUGUCAGGAUACGGAGGUCUGGUUGGCAGCCUAGCUCCUGCGCGGCUGGGCCAUUUCUUUUUGAGGAGGUAAACUGGCUUGCGGUGCCCGCUGUUCAGUGUGAAACACAAAAGUGCCAUGUUUUUUUUAAUGCCGGUGGGAAGCGUUUGGCAUCUCCUAAUGCAGAAUAUUGCAGCAUGCCUUCAGGUUCUGAGAUGCAAGCUAGGCUGCUAGCCAGGAACUGCUCUUCCAGCACACCAUGCAAGUCUCUCUCUCUCUCUCUUUUUAAAUAAGUGGGUUUUGAACGAGGCCUUAAGCUUAUUGCAGUGUUGUCAUUGCCGAGCUGCUGAAAGAUUUUAUUUUCUUCUCCCCCUUCCUCUGUAUUUCAUGAUGGUGGGCAGUAGAAUUUCCUUUCAGGUUUAUCCACUGAGCACAUACAGCUCCAAGCGGCUCUGCUGGUUUUUUGAUGUGUGUGCUUGACAGCGCAUGGAGGCAAGAGUCGCCAAACCAUUGUGAGCAAGAAGCACACUCGGUGGCCUCUCAUCUCCAAAUGUUUGGAACAGGAGAGGUGGGAAUUUGCAAACCCUGCAAUAGUUGAUCCAUUUGUUUUUGUCUUUUUGCACUCUUUUUUUCCUACUGCAUCCAUCGUGGGGAACCUUCAGCUCCCCAGACACUGCUAGACUACAGUUCCUAUUGUCUCUGGUGGUUGGUUGUGUGUCCUAGGGCUAGCGAGGGCUGGGAAUCCAGCAACAUCUGAAAGGCCACAGGUUCCCCCCCCACACACCGCUUUCUGUAUCCUUUAUAUCAGCAGUAGUGAAGCUGGUGCUCUCCAGCUUUGAUGGCACUACAACCCCCAUCAUUUCUGGCUGUUGGCCGUCCUGCUGGGGCUGAUGGGGGUUGUAGUUAAGCAACAUCUGGAGGCCAUCACAAUGGCUUCCCCUGUUUUAGAUGAUGCCUGGUACCUUUUACAGUACUGUUCAGUGGUGCAGAUGCAGUGUCAACUGUGCAUCCAUGUUUCUUGUCUCCCUAAGAGCCAGAAAACCUGCUCCCCACCUCUGGCAUAGAUUUCACAACGCAGGUGCAUUUUUUGACCCUCACAGACUAAAGGGUCCUUCCUGCCUGUCGAAGGAGGAUACAGGAUGCAGUCAGGAUAAGUGCAGAAAUUUGUCACGGUGGGGGCACUUUAAUCUCUUUGGGUUGCAUCCUACUCAGAGAGACCCAUUGAAAUUAAUCUGAGCCUUGCUCCAUCAUAUCAGUGGGCCCACUCUGAGUAGGACAUCAUUAAAUGCAACCCUCUCAUUUAUUUUAAUGAGCUAAGAUGUAGCUUUGAAAUGGUCCUUCCUAAGCUGGGAGCAUCCUCAUUUUCUUCCGUUUAUGUGUUUUUAAACAAUGCUUUUGAGCCUCGUCGGGAUGAAGGGGGGGGGACAUCCCCACACCUCCC